AUGACUGGCCGUCAUGGAUUUGAAGGACGCCCGGAGCGUCAGAAUGAAUAUUUCAUCCCCGGUGACGGUAUCAGCCGGGAAGUCAUCCAAGCAGAUAUUUGCCGUUACCUCGGGAAUGAUGCUCUCGGUCGCCAAGGUUACUUCAUCAGAGCCUACCGCAAUCUUACCUCUGAAAUGAUUGCCGAUCUCAAAGCCGAUUCUGCUCGGUGGGAGGCAGAUGUUUCACGCCGAAUGGACCAAGGCAAUCCCAGAGGUAGCUACGCACACGACUACAGUUAUUCCCAGGCGCCUAACAUCUCCCCCGUCACCUAUCCAGCCACGACCAUUCAUGAAGCACGUCAGCAAGGAGGCCCCUCACCCCCACCGGCGUACACUGCUCCUCCAGCACCUCAGCAGUUUGUGGAUCCUUACGUUCAACCCCCGUACGCGGCGACUCAGAGUCCCCCGUACCCUACUCCCUCAUCAUACCCUGCGAACCAUUCACCCUUUGCAACUGGCCAGGCCCCUUACCCUCCGACACAAAUUCCCUACUCUGCUCCCAGUCAACCUGCGGUUUCUGCCGACAUUCACCCAUCCUACACAUACGGCACCGGCUAUGGCUAUGAAAAUGGAAGAAACAAUGCUCCACGCUACCCCGGCCCGGCAACGUAUGAGACCGAUCAGGACUAUGCCCCCGUGACUUCCGGAAUCGCAUACCCUCCCACUACAGCCGCGGAUCCGAGGAUUGGAAUGGAUCCCAGAUACACUCCUGAGUCGACGUAUCCAGACCGCAACAGGCCUCAGCCCACAAGAGAAAGCCAAGCUCCUCGCCGAACCCGGUGA